GCCAAUGAUGAGUCAGAGUGUUUGGUGCUGAUGUUGCUGCCAUUUCAUCAGAUCUGUGAAGCCUGCAUCCUCUGUGCAGCAUCUCUCCAUCUUACCGCGGCCAGAGGCUCCUCGAAGCACGGCGUUCGACACAUGGAACGUCGAGUAUCCCUGCCUGGGUUCGGAUUCGCUGGAAUAGCCGAGGUUUGCCAGGGCCAGGCGUUGGUUUGAUUGCAUUGCGGCUGGCAGGGCUGAUGAUCCUGCGUUGCCCACCUGGAGAAAGGUUAAGGGCCCAUGCGUGUGGAUUGCUGCAAAACUACAGCCAGGAGGAUCCACAUUACACGUACACAGGCUGGCACAGCACUGCACGCUUAGAUCCAGAGGGGAUUGGGGCAGGCUGCAUUCUGGGCUUGCUGACAUAGCAAGGAAGCAGGCCAUUACAUUGCACAAACAAGUGGGGUGUGAGGACCAGGCCAAAGGGCCAGCCGAGCUGGGUGUUUGCUACUGGCCUAUAAAGCUAUCUGGCCCUCCAUUGUCCAGUGGAGUUGUGUACAAAGCUCUUGUUCUGCAUUGUCCAGUGGGGUAGGGUACAUAUCUCUGGCUGCAUUGUCCAGAGAGGAAUAGGAUUGGGAGAAUCUACUGGGGUCUGCACUGUCCAGAAGGAUAGGCUGCAAGGUCCUGGCCCAGUGAGAUAGGCAGUGUAAUUCUGUGUCUGCAUUAUUCUGCCUUCUCGAAUGUCUUAUGACGUUUUGCUGCAAUGUAUUUAGAGACCUCUUGUAUGCCUGCCUAUACCUUCCUAGGAAUCUCCUUCCUUGUUGGGCUGUUUUGAAUUGUCUGGCUCCUGGACCUGUGCAGAAUAAAGAGAAACCUCCAACCUGGUGCUGCUUCUGCAAAAUGGAGGCCGCCUAACCUUUACAUCUAGCAGCCAGGACAUGGAAAAUUAAGGGCAAGAACCCUCACUCCUUUUUAGCUAUGGCCCUGCUUGUUAAACCUUGGUCUUAGUGUAUUGCUUCUGCUUGGACACACAGCCUGCAAUCCAUCAUUAUCCUGGGUAAAGUGUUUGUACCCUGACAAGACUGUACUCGGAGUGUGUUAUGCAAAGCAUACCUGGAGCUAUACAGUAUAACUGUACACCUCAGAGCAGUGAGUGCACUAUCUGAGCUUCUAGUCCAAAAAGCAAAACCGUUGCUUGCCCAAUGUUUGAAUCAUUUAACUGAUAAUGAGAAAAGAUUACAUAAAUCUUGAUCCAAACGGUUUCAAAAAGGCUGUAGUAGAGUAGGAAAUCUGUAAUAAUCUAUAACCUUGGACUUUAUAUUUACUGAAAAAAGUAUCAGUUAAAAAUAACAAUCUGGAAAACAGAAACCACAGUUUAAGUAAUUUAUAUUUUCUGAAUCUUAAAACCACUGACUAUUCUUCAAGAGGUCAGCUUCUGAGCUUCGACAAUAGGCUGUCUCACUCACUUUUAAGAAGGACACUAAAUAGGAGACACUUGAACAAUGGAAGCCAUCUGGUUGUAUCAGUUCCGACUAAUUGUUAUUGGAGACUCCACAGUAGGAAAAUCAUGCCUGAUUCGCCGGUUCACAGAAGGCCGUUUUGCCCAGGUGUCCGACCCAACAGUGGGGGUGGAUUUCUUCUCAAGGCUGGUGGAAAUUGAGCCUGGCAAGAGAAUCAAACUGCAGAUCUGGGAUACUGCAGGGCAAGAGAGGUUCAGGUCUAUCACACGUGCCUACUACCGAAACUCUGUUGGAGGGCUCCUGUUGUUUGAUAUCACUAACCGCCGCUCCUUCCAGAAUGUCCACGAGUGGCUGGAAGAAGCCAAGGCCCAUGUGCAGCCUUACCAGAUUGUCUUUGUUCUGGUGGGCCACAAGUGUGACCUUGACACACAACGCCAAGUGACAAGACACGAAGCUGAGAAACUCGCCACUGCUUAUGGCAUGAGAUAUAUUGAAACAUCAGCGAGGGAUGCCAUCAAUGUAGAGAAAGCUUUUACCGACCUGACCCGUGACAUAUACGAGCUAGUUAGGAAGGGUGAGAUAAAUAUUCAAGAAGGCUGGGAAGGGGUAAAAAGUGGUUUUGUCCCAAACGUAGUGCAUUCUUCGGAGGAGGUAAUAAAGUCAGACAGGCGGUGCCUAUGCUAAUCAGCAACAUAUUAAUAUUCAUACCCCAAUUAAUGAACUAUUCUAACAUAACUCUUUGUUGUAAAAAUCCUUGUGAUAAAACAUAGCUUAAAACUGCUGUGAACUCCAUGGCUAAAAAAAACAGGUGGGACACGAGAAAAAAAACAACAAUGCAGAUUGUCAAUUCAGAGUGAAAAUUAUUUUCAAAAUGUUUGGAAGAUCGUACAUGUUCAGCAAGGACAAAAGUGUGCAUGUCUAUGUUUUAGGAGUCAUAAAUCAGCAAUUAAAAAGGGGUUUGAAAACAUCUUAAUUCAUUUGAUACGUUCUGUGUAGUAUAAUAUUGGUAGUUAUGCGCAGUGAAUUAAUGCCGCAGUGUAAUGAUCAUAAUGUAUAGCUAUAGAAGAAGGAACCUUUUCGUUUACUAUACAUUAUAAAAACGAUUUAUAAAGGCAAAAAACUAAAAUAAGCUUUGAAUUCUAAACCGUGUAAUUGCUGUUACAAUAUAUAAUUUCAGUGACUGCACAUGGAGACACUGGUAUUAGUGGUUGUUUCAUAUCUUCUAUAGCUAAUAAUUUCAAUUGUUAAAUAUACAAAUUGUAACGGUAAGGCAGUUAUAGUCUGUUCUAGACCAAGAGCUGUAGGCUGUGAUUCCCAUUAACUCUCCCUGCAAUUUGCUGUGUUUUUGUCUGGCAAAGGAUUAUAUGAAUACUAGUCCCCACCAGCUAGAAGUUUGCAUUGACAUCUUGUCUUGGAGGUUAAUAAUAAAAAUGCCCCGGUAGUUGGAAGUCAAGUCUCAUCAGCAUGGCAAACGGUCAACAAUAAAGUUGAUUAAACUUUACUGUCAUUUUUUUUUUAUUUAUGUUAAUGUGUUGAAGUUAGACCAAAUCGAACAUGAGAGUUUGCACUAUUGCAGAAAUAAAGAAUGGAAUUGGUUAUAGUUGCUCAAUACGAAUAAACCCUGAGUUAAGGGAAUUGAAACUACAAAAAAUAAAAUAAAUAACAGAACAGUUUGUUUGAUUCAGAGUUACAGUUGUUUAUGUGACACUCACGUAGUCUACCAGUAAUUACAAGUGAAAAUUACAUAAAAGUUAACAGUAAAAAACAACUAAGGGCACUUUGAGAAUAAGUUUAAGUGAAAAUGUGUAAAUUGUUAUAUUGCUGGAAAAGAUUGUGUUUUGUUUUGAAGAGGGAGGGUAUGUAAUGCAACUGUUUGCACUUUUACUUUUUACCCUUUCUCUAAUUGCUCAUUUUAUAAAACACCUAUUAAUAUUUAGUCUUCUACAUACAAAUUACAGAAUGAGGGUAACAUUGUUUUAGAGUAACAGCUCACCCAUAUUGUCAAAUUCACAGGAAGACAAGGGAGAUACAUUGUUGCAGACAGUUCAUAUGAUUGGCUCAGUGAAUCUGUACAUAAUGUUCAAAUGGCUCACAAUCUAAAUUGACAUUACAGGAAAAAUUCAUUUGCAACUCUGCCAGUAUUUUUAUUUUAUUUUUUAAAUACAAGAUCCCAGUUUGCUUGUAAGAAAUUAACUAAGUCGCAAUAUAAUUUAUAUAUUUCUGUUUAUACUUUACAUUCACUUAGCAAACACUGAUUGGAAGACAGGGUUCCUUUAUUCUAUUUUUUUUUUUUUAUUUGGGAAUCUUCAACCAAACAACAUACGAUAAACACUCUAAACAUCAUAGCCACUACAGCCCUCUGUAGUAAUUAUGGUUUCAAGAGUGCCCUUGUAUUCACCCCAGGUAAAUAGCCAAACUAUUUGAGAACAGUUUGACAGCUUACCAGUGCUCCGAUAGGUGCCUCUUCCUGUGCUCCUGCAUUGAGCAAAGUCCAACAGUGCUGGGUUUUGCUAGUUGACAGAGCGCUCGGAGUGCACUUUCAGCCAAUGAGCCAGCGGCUCGGGCUCCACGAGAGGUGACAACUGGCAGAACCCAACUAUGUAGUCAGAACAUUCUCUAACAGUUUGACUAUUUACCCUGAGAGGACACCAGGGCACUCCUGUCACCCUGACCACUACAGCACUGUGUAGUUGUUAUAGUGCUUAGAGUGUUACUUUAAGGUCCACAGAUGCAGAAUUAAAACCAUUUUGGUUCAUCACUCCCAGUCGUGAGAGUAUUUUAAAGGUGAAUGCUCGAUUAUUCUCCAAACUUGAUUGUCACUGCAGCUCCAAGAGAGUUAAAACGACAAGUUGCAAAAUAAAAAAAUUGUUUAGAUAUUUAGUCUUUUUAAUUCAAGCUAUAUUUUAUGACAUCUCUCAAAAAGCCACAGUUUAUGGGUUAGUGAAUAAAUGCCCUAAUACAACCUAUGCUAAAAUGAAAGCCAAUGCAAUUUUAAAAUACAUUGACUUUUUUUCUUCCGCAAAAGUAACAAAACAGGAAACCAAGUACUUUUUUUUUUUUUUUUUUUAAAGGUUAACAAGGUUGUUAAUUUUAUAUAACAGUUAUUGCAGAAAGGAUAAUCCAAAUAAAUCGGAAAUUCUGCAUGUUGGGUUUGCUUUUCUCAGAAUCUCCAGAAUAUAAAAAUGUACACUUCCUUGCUUUCUGUUUUGCACUGUAAAUGUGACCAUAUGCUAUCUAUCUAGCUGUAUGUGAAUGGAAACAUGCUUGUACCUAGAUCAAACUGUUAAUAUGUGAAAUGAAAAACGUGUAA